AUGGGUGCCAGACUAGCAAAAACAUUCCAGAAAGUAAUCAACCUCAAAAAAGCCACAAAACCCCUCUCAAACAAUGGAUUUUGCUUGCAAAUUCCUCAAGAAAAACUCAAACUUUGUGGUCCAAAUCAACAUUUCAACAAAGAAGACACUGAUGAAGUCAAGUCAAAGAACAAAGCUGCCAUGGAAGCCUUCGUUUCCAAGCUCUUUGCCUCUGUUUCUGCAGUUAAAGCAGCUUAUGCUGAGCUUCAAAUGGCUCAGUUUCCGUACAAUGUGGAUUCUGUACAGUCCUCAGACAAAGCAGUAGUUGAUGAACUUAAAGCACUUUCAGAGCUAAAGAACAGUUUCUUGAAGAAACAGAUCGAUUCUUCACCACCCUAUUUGACAAUUUUACUCGCAGAAAUCCAAGAACAACAGAGUCUCAUGAAGACAUACGAGAUCACCAUGAAGAAAUUGCAGUCUGAGGUUGAAAAAAGAGAGUCUGAAAUUACUUCACUAAAGGAAGAACUGAAUGAGACCAGUCUGAACAACAAGUCCCUCGAAAAGAAACUCAAUGCAAGUGGUUGUUUCUCUGUUCUUGAUAAUGUUAAGCUCUCUNAAUAG